GAGCACCAUGAAGACUGAAAGAGAGGGAAAACAAUAUCUCCUGCCCUCGCUGCUCCAGUCCUGCGGUUGACGGCAGAGUCGAUCCACCAGCAGUGACUGGCGGAACAGUCUCAGUUGGAGAAAGCAGCUUGUCAGUGGGAGGUAACCUACAUGAUGCCCCCUCCUGAACUUAUCAAUUCAUCGUCCGUCCGUGCUGCGCCCGGCGUUUUAUUUUGGUACGAAAAUGCUGAGCGCACUGAGGCACUGUAAAGCGCACCGAUGGAUACAGCCUGCUUGCGCGUCUUGGAACGGGUUAUUUUGUGAAGCAGCCUAAAACACACGGCAGUCUACAAGAGAGAGAGGGGAAGCCUGGACUUGGACAACCACCCAUUUGUGGAUAAUAACCCUAAAAAAAAUUAAACAUUAAAUUAAAAAAACCUUACCCCGGUGUGUGUCACAUCAAUGGAGAGGCGAGGGUCGAAUAUCCGAAAUAUACAGCGGGGGCGCAGAAGUGAUGACAGCCUUUGAUGAACCAUAACUCCCGUCCAGACAAGGUCCAGCAUUUUGGUGGAUUGAAAGCUAAUAUGUGGAUGAUUAAAACCCCUUGGAUCUUGACUGAGCUGGCAGUGGGCCAAAAUCCUCUUUUAAGAGAGUGAAAGACCAGUCAAUGAAUUAUGAAUGUUAAACAAGAUGACCUCCUCUCAGCAGCAGCAGAUGAUGCGAGGUCCUAGGUGGAACCGGGCCUUGUCCGACCCUUUGUUUGUUCUGCUCCUGGCCCUCCAGCUGCUGGUGGUCGCAGGACUGGUUCGCGCUCAGACGUGUCCCUCUGUCUGUUCGUGCAGUAACCAGUUCAGCAAAGUCAUCUGCACCCGCAGAGGCUUGCGGGAUGUUCCUGAUGGCAUCUCUACCAACACACGCUACCUGAAUCUGCAAGAAAAUCUUAUUCAAGUCAUAAAAGUGGACAGCUUCAAACACCUAAGACAUCUAGAGAUACUACAGCUGAGCAAAAACCACAUACGCAAAAUUGAGCUUGGGGCCUUCAAUGGACUGGCAAGCCUCAAUACCUUGGAGCUAUUUGAUAACCGCCUCACCACCAUCCCAAACGGGGCUUUUGAGUACUUGUCCAAACUAAAAGAGCUUUGGCUAAGGAAUAACCCCAUAGAGAGCAUUACCUCCUAUGCUUUCAACAGAGUGCCCUCAUUACGAAGGCUGGACCUUGGGGAGCUCAAACGGCUCAACUACAUAUCUGAUGGGGCCUUUGAAGGGCUGAGCAAUCUGCGCUACUUAAAUCUGGGAAUGUGCAAUCUGAAGGAAAUUCCCAAUCUUAUUCCCCUAGUGAAGCUGGAUGAACUGGAAAUGUCAGGAAAUCAGCUAUCUGUCAUCCGGCCUGGUUCAUUUAAAGGGCUUAUACACUUACAAAAGCUGUGGAUGAUGCAUGCCCAGAUCCAGACCAUAGAAAGGAAUGCUUUUGAUGACCUGCAAUCACUUGUGGAACUCAAUCUGGCCCACAAUAACCUUACCCUCUUGCCCCAUGAUCUAUUCACUCCUCUACAUCACCUGGAGAGAGUGCACUUACACCACAACCCUUGGAAUUGUAACUGUGACAUCCUCUGGCUAAGCUGGUGGCUUAAGGAGAUGGUACCUGCAAACACCAGCUGCUGUGCCCGCUGCAGUUCACCUCCUCACCAUAAGGGACGCUACAUUGGUGAGCUGGACCAGAAUUACUUUCACUGUUAUGCUCCUGUUAUUGUGGAGCCUCCCACAGACCUAAAUGUAACAGAGGGAAGUGCUGCAGAGUUGAAAUGCAGAGCCAGCUCUUUAACCUCAGUGAGCUGGAUUACACCCAAUGGUUCCAUCAUGACACACGGUGCAUACAAGGUCAGAAUCUCUGUGCUGAAUGAUGGCACACUGAACUUUACCAACGUUACCAUGCAGGACACAGGUACAUAUACGUGCAUGGUGAGUAAUUCUGCAGGUAACACAACAGCGUCUGCCACACUCAAUGUUUCCUCUACGGAAAGCAGUUUCAGCUACUUUACUACAGUGACAGUGGAGACAAUAGAAACCCCGCAUAAUGAAGGCUUCACCACUACUGUCCAACAGAAGGUUGGCCCCACACCCUCUGCUGGUACAUGGGAGUCUAUCUCACCAACCUCUACAACAACCACCACCAUCCGAACCGCACUCUCCACACGUGCCACAGAGAAGACUUAUACAAUUCCCGUCACAGAGGUGGGUGGUGAGGGAUUGCAGAAUGGCUUGGAUGAGGUAAUGAAGACAACCAAGAUCAUCAUUGGCUGCUUUGUUGCAAUCACACUCAUGGCAGCUGUCAUGCUUAUUAUCUUCUAUAAGAUGCGCAAACAACACCACCAGCAGAAUCACCAUGCACCCACACGCACUAUUGAGAUCAUCAAUGUGGACGAGGAUUGUGUAACAGGAGGCCCAGGCAUGGAGGGCCACCUUACUCUGCCUCCUCUUGAGCACGAGCACCUCAACCACUAUAACACCUAUAAGACUGCAUACAACCAUGCCUCCACAAUCAAUUCUAUACACAGCUCAGCGCACGAACCUUUGCUAAUCCGGGCCAGCUCAAAAGACAAUGUACAAGAGACCCAAAUCUAAUACUUUUGUGAGACAUUUUAAAACUGAUGAAAUUACUUACAGGCAUUAUUGACAGAACAUUACUGACCUUUGGUUGCGAGGACUGCGGCUGACGCUCGGAAUAACAGACUUGUGUUUGGCAAAUCAGCGACUAGCAAUGUUAAUUCAGUGACUUUCGGAAUUAGAGUAUGUCUACUGUUUCAAAAAGUGUCUUUACAAAGCAGAAGUUAUUUAUUUAAGAAAAAAAUGUUGUGGUUAAAUCACGAAAACUGUAUUCUGCAAUUAUUUUUUCAACACUUAAUUCAUGUGGGUUUUUUUCUUCUUUUUUCCUCGCAUAUCACAAAAUUGGUUUACUAAUAUACUUUCAACUUCUUUCAAAGAUGUGUCAAAAAACAUGAAACAAAGUAUUGUUCCUUUAUUGUUCUUUUUUUGGUAUAGCUGCCGAUUUUCGAUCAGAUGACACAGUAACCUCAUUUUCCCCAUUUAUCAAGGAAUCCUAGAGCACAUUAGUGAUUUUCUCAGCUGUGGAUUAAUUGAUGAAAUCUUUUGUGACCAUCUCUAACUGAGAUGAAUUAAACACUUGUUCAUCAUUUUGGAGUGAGUGACAGAACUGUCAGUGAUGGAAUCUGAUCAUUAUUCACCGUUUAAUUAUCUGUCACAUACAUUAGCCACUCUGCGCUGUCAUCAAUAGGCUGAGGACCUGAAAAGAGGGAAAUGCAUCCAUUUCUGCUACUGUAAAAGUUGAAGCUCACUGCUAGA